GCACUCUUCUUUUACUUAAAGGGAAGACCGGUGGGAAGGCAAGGAAAAUCUUAUAAGCUAAAAUAAAAGCGAAACAAGGCAAAGUCCGCGGGAGUAUUUUUUUCAGUCUCAAGAAGUGUUUAGUGGAGUGACUAUCGUAUCACAGGUAUUAUCUUCUCAAAUAUUGUAACACGUUAUAUUGUAUAAUUGACAAGCUGAAAUUAUAAGUGAGACGUGAACAAAUAUGUGGGCAGAUGAGGAACCAGCGCCAUGGGAUGUCGAAGAAACCCCGGCGGAACAAGCUCCUGAAGCAUCUGCAGAAUCAGCCGCCCCAGCUGCCGAAGCAGCGACUGGAGAGAAACCAAAAAUCAAAUUAGAAAAAAUUGAACCACCGCACUACAAUCACCAUUGGGUUCGCCCUCUCUUUCUUAAUUACGCGUAUCUUUAUGAGUAUAGAAAAAAUUAUUACAACGAUGUCAUUGAUUAUCUGAACCAACGGGAGAAAGGCAUAUUUCGAGAACCUCCCAGAGCACAAGAGUGGGCUGAACGAGCAAUGAGGACUUACGACGAAAAGAAUACCGACAAGAGUUUCAAACGAUCUGCAGAUAUGAAAUAUAUAAUUAAUAUGAGACAUGAACCUAGAUAUUACAGUUACCAUACUCGAGCAUAUUAUAGUUUGAAAUAUCAGAAAAUUUUGUAAAUUAUUUUUUGAUAAUAAAGCUAUAUAACUUAAUGAUA